CACACUGAAAACCAGGAAGUUUGUGGAUUCGGGAGAAAUGAAACCUAUUUCCCUGCUACACGAGCCUCUGCUUAAGGAUCCACACUCUUCUAGUUUGGUUAAAGCUGUAAAGGAGGGAAUAUUUGACUUGUUAUUCUGUCAAAGCAGGGUAUAUAGAAUGUCUGCAAAGAAAUGUCAGAGUCUGCAGUGAGUCAGUUUGUGGAUCAGUUCAGCUGUCCAGUCUGUUUGGAUCCUCUGAAGGAGCCGGUGACGAUUCCCUGUGGACACAGUUACUGUAUGAGCUGUAUUACUGACUGCUGGGGCCAGAAGGAGCAGGGGCCGCCGUACCGCUGUCCCCAAUGCAGAGAGAGCUUCAGUCAGAGACCUCUACUGAAGAAGAACACUCUGAUAGCUGAGAUGAUGGAGACGCUGCAGAAGACGUCCCUACAAACGGCUGCUGUGGAGUGUGAUGUUUGCACUACAGAGAAGAACAGAGCUGUAAAGUCCUGUCUGCAGUGCUUGGCCUCCUUCUGUCAAACUCACCUGCAGCUUCACUAUGAAUCUCCUGCGUUUAUGAAGCACAAACUAGUCCAAGCUUCCAGAAACAUUCAGGAGAACAUCUGCCUCAGUCAUGGGAAACUUCUGGAGAUUUACUGUCAGGAUGAUCGUCAGUGCAUUUGUAACUUAUGUUUGAUUAACAAUCAUAAAAAACACAAUGUGGUGUCUGUGGAUUCAGAAUGGACUAGUAAAAAGAAAGAGUUAAAGGAGGCAAAGUUGGCAUGUCAGAAGCUGAUCCAGGAGCGAGAGAGAGGUCAGCGGGAACUCAGAGAAGCUGUGAAGUCUUUUAAAAGUUCAGCUCUAGAGACCAUGGAGGACAUUGAGAAGGUCUUCACUGAGCUCAUCUGCUCUCUUGAGAAGAAACGCUCUGAGAUUAAAGAGCAGAUCAGAGCUCAGGAGAAGACUGAGAUAGAUCGAGCAGAGGAACUUCACAAACAUCUGGAUCAAGAGCUGACAGAACUCAGAAAAAGACAAGCAGAGAUUGAGAAACUUCUGAUUACUGAUGAUCAGAUCCAUUGUGUGAAGAGCUGUCAGUCUGUGUGUGUUUUACCUUCAUUUGAAGACGUUCCCAUCUUCACUCAACACACUCAUCUGUCUUUUAAAGACAUUUCAAUCUCAGCGUUUAAGGAGGUUUUGGAGGACAUCUGUCAACUGCAAACAGCCAGAAUAUCUCGAGAAGUGUCAAAUGUUCAUGUUGCACAGACUCCAGAACCAAAGACUCCAAAUACAUUUUGGCAAUAUUUCUGUCAACUGCAACUGGAUCAAAACACUGCAAAUAAAAACCUCAUCUUGCCAGAAGAGAACAGAAAAAUAUCAUUCUCUGAUAAAGUUAAUCAAUAUCCUGAUCACCCAGAGCGAUUUGAUGUGUUUCCGUACAUCUUGUGUCGAGAGGGUUUGUACAGUCGCUGUUACUGGGAGGUCGAGUGCAGUGGGGACAUUUGGUCUGUAGCAGUUUGUUACAAAGGAAUUGGACGUAAAGGAAGCAGUGAUGACUGUAAACUUGGCAUGAACAAAAUAUCUUGGAGAUUGGGCUAUUAUCUGCAGAAUUUCAGUUUCAUUCAUGAUAAAGCCCAAGUCUCAAUCCCUGCUGUCUGCUCCUCUAGAAUAGGAGUGUAUCUGGAUCACAGAGCAGGAACUCUGUCCUUCUACAGCGUCUCUGACACAAUGACUCUCCUUCACAGAGUCCAGACCACUUUCACUGAACCCUUAUACCCUGCUUUUUACUCUGGUAAAGAUUCAUCUGUCAGGAUCAUAGAAGAGCAAAAUUUAAAAAUACAAUUUUCAUAAAAUAAUAUGCAUGACUGUAUUUGAUUAAACUUUACUUAAAGCCUUAAUGUGUAAUGCAUUAUAAAGGUAUUCAUAAUGUACGUUAUAGUGCAUUAUAUCUUUAUUUAAACAAUUGUAAGUUAAAAUACAUUAUAAUAUUUGCAGAUUCUGAAAUUGGUUGUGUGUUUUAAUGUAUAAUACUUCCUAAAUGUGUGUUCAAUGAAUAGAUAAGUAUUAUAAAUGAAGUUACAAUUAUUCAUGAGAUCAUACAAUGCAUUAUAAGGUUCAUUACAAGGCAUAAUUUCUGCAUUAAAAAUACUUUUAUAAUGCAUUAUACAUAAAGGCUUUAAGUACAGUGUGCCAAAGACAAGUUAAACUUAUACAUCAAACUUUCAUUUAAAUUCAGUAGUGGUUCUGUAUAUUUAAAGUGUAUUUUAGUUUGGUUGCUUUAAGUUGUACUUUCUUAAUUAUCACAAAUACCUUAUGACACUCAAAUUAGAUGUAAGUAAAUUAAUCUGCAGUUCAUUAUCAGAUUUUUCAGAAUGAGAUAUUUGUGUGUAUUUCAUCAUCUUGGCAUUAUAAUUGCUUAUUAUAAUUGAUGCAGUUCAUCGACAUCAGUUAGUUUGGUCAUUAGAAUUUGCAAUUAAUUUUUCUGCUAGGACAUUAUCUGUUAAUGUUUUGGAAGUUUCCUUUAACACAACACAAUGCAAUGUGUAAUUCAAUUUGGAUAACUGAGUUGACUUCAGGAUGUGAUAUGACUUGAUUUUUAUUGUUUCAUAAAAUCAGACAGUGUUGACAAAAAGCAGCUGUGAAACAUUUUCAAAGAGGCAAAGUUUUAACAUAGACCUUCUGUCUGUACAUUGUAGAAAUGUUUGUUUCAAAAAUUCAUCUUUAUAUUUCUGCUUUUCAGUUUAGUAUGUAAUUAAUGUCAUUUUUAUCAAAUAAAGAGAAAUGAAAUGAAA